CCGAGAUACUCUUUUAAUCGCCAGCUUCCUUUAUGCCAACUGAAGACAGGAACGUCGACUGCUGAGUAGAACUUGGAAUGGCAUCCGUUUUUCAUCACUUCACUUUGCCGAUCUGGCUCUUGGUCAUCAUUGGUGCGGCACUCUUGCAUGCUGCCCUAGCUCCGCGCUCCGCGAACCCGCUGUCAAAAUAUCCGCUUGUCUCCCGGCGGCGGUGGUACGAUGUCUUGGGAUUCUGGGAGCGGGCUGAGUUCUUGCUCAUGGGGGCUAGAAAACCUCUGGUCGCCGCAAAAGAGUAUGAGCUUGGACAAGCAUUCCGCAUCAGGGACCCAUGGGGCGAAAUACUUGUUUUGCCGGCCGAGGACGCGCAAUACCUCAAGAGUCACACUAGCUUUGCUUUUGAACUUUUCUUUAACGGAAGAACGCACGCGUCACUGAAUGAUGGUUUGGCUGGGUUCCUGGAGCUUGCGAAGCUACCAAAUAUUGUCAGCCAAGGCGUGAAGAACAACUUGACGCAGGUGUCUAAUCGCUGGGAGGAAAUCCCUGUGUCGGAUGCAGUUGUGAAAAUCGUGCACAGGGUGUCAAGCCGGACAUUUAUCGGAGACGACGGACCCAGAAACGCGGAAUGGCUGGACCUCGCCCAGAACUAUACGCCCGACGUAUCGUUUGCCGGUUUCAUCUUAGACCUCAUGCCGCCACAGCUGCGUCCGCUGCUAGCCCUCACGUUCGUGGCCGACCACACCUCCGCUAACUUUAUCAUGAUGGUCCUGCUGGACCUGGCGCGUCACCCCGAAGUGGCGAAGGAGGUGCGUCGCGAAAUCGAGCAAGAAGUGAACCAGAUUGGCUGGAUGGGGUGGGAAAAGGGCAACUUACACCGGAUGAAGCUGUUGGACAGCGUAAUCAAGGAGAGCAUGCGUCUUAGGCCCAUAUUCUUUGCUGCAAUGUUGGGGGGUGUUACAGAGGCGAUGAGCCUCAAAGAUGGUACCGUCCUUCCAGUCGGCACUAGAAUUGCGGUGGCUGGGGACGGGAACCGCGACCCAGCUGUAUAUGAUCGACCGGACGAGUGGGACGCAUAUCGUUUCUACAAGAUGAGGCAGACAGGCGAUAGGGAGGAUAUGGCCCAGCUAGCCUGUGCUACUGUUGAGCAUGCAGGCUUUGGCGUCGGGAAGCAUUCGUGCCCUGGAAGGUUCUACGCGGCGGAUGUGAUGAAGAUUGUCCUGUGCCAUCUUCUAAUGAAGUACGACUGGAAGACCCUCGAGGGCGGUCCCGAGACGGUGAUUAUGGGAUGGACUCAGAUGAUUCACCCAGAGGCUAAGAUUCUUGUGCGACGACGUGGGUAGACAAGGUAUACAUAUUGCAUCGGAAGUUCCUCCUAUGGAACACGCAGCUGAUUGUGUUACAGUCGACGGCCGGUCGACGUCGCACGUAGUUCUCAAAUUAAAACUUUUCCCGCGUGAGCGUCUACUAUUGAAGAGCUAUUUAGCGUAUGCUAACACAGGCUUCCGCACCUCCAUGUUUGAUUUAACUGUCACAUUCUUGCAGUUUCCUUAACAUUCGAGGCUCCGCAUUUAUUUAUUCAUUCUCUAAUCUGAUGCCACGUGUUUGUGGCAGAGUCAUUUUACGGCUAGGAAAUGACUAAGGAAAACGGCUUGAACUACU